GCAACAUUCAACAUUCAGAAUUACGGCAGCAGCAAAGCCUCAAAGUCGGAGGUCAUGGCCUCGCUGGCAGAAAUCAUCGCGAGAUAUGACCUGGUCACCAUCCAGGAGAUCUCGCAACUCCCGGACGAGACGGGCACCUGUGGUCUCUACACGGAAUCCGCAAUCUGCGAUCUCCAGAUUGCGACAAAUGCUCGUGGUCGCUCCUUCUCGCUGGUGGCAUCACCGCGCAUCGGCGAUGAGCAGUAUGCCAUCCUAUUCGACCCACUGGUUGUCAGCUACUUGGCUGGCUCAACCUAUCCGGACAACGCCAGCACUUUUUCGCGACCUCCAUACGCCUUCCACGUCAACACAGGCGGGAUUUCCUUAGCGGUGGCUUCCACCCACACGUCGCCCUCCACAGCGGAGCAGGAAAUCGCGGCCUAUCCGCAAGUGCUCCAGUGGAUGGAGGCCACAUUUGCAGCCGAUAUCUACAUGGUUGCGGGGGACUUCAAUGCCGAUGGCAGCUACUUCGAUGAGGAUUCCUCGUGGACGCCAAUCAUGGCUCAGAUUCCCAACUACACGCUGCUGACGGGGAACGAGAUGGACACCACGGUCUCCGUCAGCAGCAAUGCCUACGACCGGAUCAUUGCCACGUCCACUCUUCAG